CUCAGACAACGAAGUCGCAGUCGCCGGAGAAAGAGCGAAGAAAAGCUAGCGAGAAACAGUAGAAGAAAGAGAGAGAGACAAGCCCAGUGUAGCACCCUCUCUGUCUUAAGGCCGAAACUGUGCGUGAAAUCGCCCACAAAAAGCAUAAAUUUAAAAUUGGAAACAUUGAAAAAGCGAUGUCAUAAUGGAGCCAAUGACCAUGCUGGUAUUGGCCUUCCAGCUGCUGGCCCUCUUCUCGAUCGCCGGCGCGCUGCUCAUCUAUCUGAUCUGCAAGGUGCGUGAGGACAGUGCAGCGGCCAGCGCUGCCGAGUCGCAGCCAAGUCGUGUGGUCCUGGUCACCAGUGCGGAUACCGCUCUGGGUCUACAGCUGUGCACGCAUUUGGCCAACAAGGGUUGCCGCGUCUUUGCUGGGAUGAAGGAGGCACAUGAUUCGUUGCCAGCCAAGCUACUUUGCGGCUGGAUGAAGAUCCGGGAAUAUAGCGAAGAGCCCAUUGCUGGUACCAUUAUACCAAUGCGUUUGGAUGUGACCCGUGAGGAUGUGCUGCGCGAGGCGACGGUGGCAAUGGGUGCCCACCUCAAUGCCGAUGAGCGUGGCAUUGCGGCGGUGAUCAACACUAGCGGCAGUGUGUUCCGCGGCAAAGUGGAGUCCCAGGACGUGCAGCAGUGGGAGCAUAUGCUGAAGACCAAUAUUUUGGGAACUUUGCGGGUGGCCAAGGCUUUUGUGGGCUUUUUGCGUCCCACACGUGGGCGUCUUCUAUAUCUUGGCGGUGGAGGAGGUGGGGAUAGUGGUCCCCGCUCGGGUGGCGAUGGCCUGGUGGCCUUCAAUGCCUCCCGCGUGGCCGUGGACAAGUGCGCAGAAGAGCUGCGCAAGGAGCUGCAGCCGUACGGCGUCAGCGUUGUGGCCUUGGACACCUGCGGCAUGACAGCCGAGUCUCUCUACAAGGCUCCAGUGGCACAGACCAUGUCGGCCACGGCGGGCGCACCCACCCAGUACACGGCGGACGUCCUGAGUCCGGGCGCCCUGCAGGUGAUCGAGCGGGCGUUGUGGGACUUUGCGCCGCAACAACGCUAUCCGCUGCUCAGCCACAACAAGUACCAAUUCACGUUGCCAUGCCGCUCCUCGCUGCGUCUUCAGCGGCCCUCAGCAGGCGCUGUUCCAUCAUCCGAGGCGUCCGCUGCCACGCAAUCGGUUUAAGGACAAUGCUGUCUUGUUAAUGCUGCUGCUUCCCCAUGUUUUCUGUAUAUACGCUCCCGAACUCCUUGACUCCCCCUGCUCCCGAGACACCUGUUCCUUGCUAACCGGGACUCACUUUGCUUUUAAUCUUUUUCCCGCCAAAAAUAUAACGUGCGCGGCGGCAUUCGGCAAAAUUAUUUUGUUUCUUCUUCCUCCUUUUGUCAGGAAGAAAUGCGUUUUUAUAAUAUUAUUAUAUACUCAUUUUUUGUACACAAACACUGCUCUACCGUAAUGUUACGAAAUUUUGACAAAAAAAAUAAAAACUUUUGUGCUAAUCAAAAAAAAAUAAGCGCGACGAGGCGGCAGGAAGCCCGCACGUGUUUGUCUCGUAAAGGGGAUUGAUUUGAUUGACUUUGGGUCACUGUAAAUAGUCUUUUUCUUGGUUUUUCCACUAGUUUCGAACAAAAUUGAGUUGUAAUUUCAAGAACAGAAAACUUUUACCGGUUUAACA